GAGACGGCGAGAAAACACUUCGCCUCCGUGAUCGAAGAAGCUGGCUGGGACGAACGGAUUCCGGACGAACGGAGUAUUCUGCCGCGUAGUAGCCAGAUCCCCGAUCGUGAGUGCUUUGGAACAGUUCCCGGUGACCCAGGCCCUGCUUGAGGGUGUGCGCCGAAUCGCCGCCGCCGCCGUCGGAAUGUCCGAGGAACGACCAACAACAGCAACAACAGAGGCAGCUGCAGCAUCAUCAACAACAACGCAUCAUCCGCCUCCUCCGCCAGCUUCGAUCGUUGGCGAUGGCGCUGCAGCGGCCGUUGGUCUGCUGGCCAGCGUGGGGGGUGUACUGGCGGCCGCAGUCCCUCCGGUCGUAGGUGGUGCGUUGCCGCUUCCGCUCACAGAACCCGCCUCCGAUCCGACCAUCGCUCCGAUCGCACCGAUAAACGGACCGUCACAUCCGUCGGUCCUUACCGAGUUCCCGCAGUACGCGGACGAUAGCGAGGAGGACGACGGUGAAGGUGAAUCGUAUCGCACGGAACCGAUCUGCAUCGAACGGAUACGUCAGUAUCUGUCGGACAAGCUGGGAUUCUACUCUCCGGAUGGAUUCGACGAAAAGGAUGCCUCGACCGUCGGUACGGGUCGCCGUAUCCUGGAAACGGUCGAUGUCGAGGGUGUCAUCAAGCACUGGAAGAACGGAGGUUUCAAGAAGAUCGUCACGAUGGUUGGUGCUGGCAUAUCCACGUCGGCCGGAAUACCAGACUUUCGUUCGCCCGAUACCGGAUUGUACAACAAUCUGAUGAAGUACAACCUACCGUACCCGCAGGCGAUUUUCGAGCUGGAGUACCUCUACCAGAACCCGAAACCGUUCUUCACGCUCGCCAAAGAGCUGUACCCCGGCACGUUCAAGCCGACGCCUUCGCACUACUUUGUCCGGCUGCUCGAGCAGAAGGGGCUGCUGGUGCGCCACUACACACAGAACAUCGACACCCUCGAGCGCAUCGCGGGCAUUCACGAGGACAAGAUCGUGGAAGCGCACGGCACCUUCUACACCAACCACUGUCUACAGUGCAAGACCGCGUACAGCCUCGAGUUCGUCAAGGAGAAAAUCUUUGCCGACGAAGUGCCGACCUGCCCGUGCGGUGGUGUCAUCAAGCCGGACAUUGUGUUCUUUGGCGAGGGACUCCCGGAACGGUUUCACAUGCUGCCCCAUCAGGACUUUGCCGAGUGUGAUCUGCUGAUCAUCAUGGGCACCUCGCUGACGGUGCAACCGUUUGCGUCGCUCGUCGAGUACGUCAACGAUGAUUGCGUGCGGUUGCUGAUCAACCGCGAUAAGGUCGGUGGCGGUGGUUUUGGCUUCUUCCGCUCGAUGAUGUUCGGCGAGGGCCUAUGCUUCGAUCUGCCCGGUAACCGGCGGGAUGUGGCGUGGACCGGGAACUGUGACGAUGGUUGCUUCUUUCUCGCUGACCAGCUCGGUUGGGGCGAUGAACUACGGCAGCUCGUCGAGACGGAACACGCGAAAAUUGUAGCGAUUCGACCGACACCAUCGAUUCCGCCGACGGUUUCACCGGCCGUCGGUGCAACGGGAGCGGCUGCCGUGAAUGGGCCGAUUCCGAUUGUCAACACGGCAGUGGCUAAUGACGCGAGUGUCGUCGAUGAUGGUUCCGUAACGUCCGAGGAUGAACAUUUUAAUGAUGUGUGUUACGGUGGUGGUAGUAGUGAUAGUGUCCAUGCGAUGGCCACUGAUCCUCAUCACGAUCACGAUCACGAGCACCACCAGCAUCAUCCGCACCACCAUCAUCAUGCGCAACGACAUCAUGAUCACCAGCAUCAUCAUCAUCAUCAUCAUAAUCAUCAGCUUCAUCAGCAGCACGUGCAACACCAUGAGAUGGAGGAGCAGCAGCAGCAGCAGCAACACCACCCUCACCACCACCACCAGCAACCGGAAGGGUCUCCUUCUGAGGACAAAACCUAAAUUAUUCGUUUUAAAUCCCUUACUCCUUCCGCUUCAAUUUCGUCUUUUUCUUCUUCUACUACUACCAUCACUACUACUAAUGCUUCUACUACCAUUCUUCCUCUAUUACAAAGCGCCCUGGCCCGAGAUCCUAUUCGACUAAUUUAAGUGACUUCCCCCUUCCUUCUCAACGGGCUUCGCGAGACAGAUUAAGAAAGAGGGAGAGAGAGAGAAGAGAAAGAGAUUGAAAGAAGUGAUUUUUAAUCGAUUAGCCUGCUGCGAUGGAUCUGCAUUUUUCGAAACAUCCUAGAAAGCAAACAAAGGGGGGGGGGGGGAGAGAAUCAUCCGUAGCACACUGUGUCGUGUAAGUCACACCUAGCAACAACACACUAAAAAAACCCCAUGCUUCCGAUUAGCGCGAUUUUUUAUUCCACGCUACUUUGGUUCCUUUUCUACGGAGAGCGCGUCUUACAAACUGACGAGAGCAGAUCAGUAGACAAAUGGGUAAAAAAACAAAAUCGACGCUCUUCCCGCGGACUGCAGUAGCGCGAGAGCAACAUCGAUCACGAGUGCAAUUGUGGAACCGUUGUCGUCGAUCGCCGGCCGUCGGUCACCUGUCGGAUGGAGGGAUUGAGAAGGAAGGAAGGAUAUAGAGAAAUUGCAAUUAGCAUGCUAUUAACUUUAUUUUAUGAUACCGUAGCUCAUCCGGCAUCCGUGGCGACGGCAGCAGUCCAGUCGAUGUCGAGGAUGAGGCGAGACAAAUUAUAUACAUAUUUUUCAUAUAUUUUACAUCCGUACACAAACACACAAACUGGCGCAAUGAUGGAUGAUGAAAACGAUUGCUAAACGAUUGCGCGUCGCCUAGCCGCGUGAUGAUCAGCUGUGCUGUGCGAACUUGCUCUCCUUAUCGCUGCUACCGUUUACAGUUAGAAGCACUUGUAAUCGAUCGUGAUGUGCACGGCUAGAGGCAAAGGGCAACGCAUUGUGCAAGGACUUUGCUGCACUUAGCCGAUGCCUAGUGUAGAGAUAGAGAGAGAGAGAGACAGAGCGAUUUAUAUAUAAGCAAGCAGGGCAGUUCAAUUUAUGAUGCAGAUAUUUGUAAUAAACCGGGGCUAAAUUAAAUUCAACUUUCAA